UUAGUCGCGCCAGCAUAUCAUCGAUAGCGGAGUGCACGGCGAAAAAACCGUUCGAAGUGGCCAGCCCAAUUAGUCGCUAAACGUUGCUCACCGCGAACAGUUCUCCCAGCGAAGAAACGUCGUGCUGUGGCCGUGUCUGGUGGCAGACGGAAAUCUAAGAGGUGCUAAUAGUUACGGCACGGAAGUUGGAUUCCGGUGGCGGGGAUAUACACAAAUAUUCGGUUUCGGGUGUUGUGAUUGACACCGAUAGUGUGAUUGAUGGUGGAUCAGUUUUUCAAGAGUUCCCAGGCGUUGAAGAGGUUCACUUGUUUGAAUUCGACUUGAAUCGUGUCAUCAACGUUGCGCGCUCUGAUAAGGGAUAUCAUCGGUUACUCAUCGCGAUAACAGCCAGCCAGUGUAGCAGUCGAAGGCAUCCAACGUACGAUACAACAACAACAACAACACAAAGCAAUAUCAACAGGCAGUGAUAGAGGCUCCACCGUUGAGCGGGUAGUUGUGCCAAUUGAUAAAGUGAUCAUUGUUUGCAUUUCAAAAGUGGAAACCAGAUAUCAUUGAAAAAUAAGGCGCGAUGGAUCCCAGUAUUCUAGCAACCAUGGACCGUGACGCACUGAAGAAGCAAAUCGAGAACAUGAAGUACCAGGCUUCGAUGGAACGGUGGCCAUUGUCGAAGAGCAUCGCUGCGAUGCGAGAAUACGUGGAGGAGAACGAGAAGAACGACCCGCUAAUCCACGCGCCCGACAAGAAGAACAACCCGUGGGCGGAGAAGGGCAAAUGCGUCAUCAUGUAAAUACUUCAUCUCCAUCUUCAAAUAAUACAGCAACCAAACCACAAUCGAUUCCUACUAGAAACUCAUAACAUCUUUAAAUAUCUACAUUUAGAAAAAAAUCAACCGAAUCGAUACUCGAAAAAGAAAACAAUUUCUUCGCCAUUCUACACUUUCUUUACACACAUACCCAUACUAAAAGUGUCUAUUGGUUACCUAAUAACCGAAUCGAUCCGGAAGAAAAACCAAAUUCAGCUGUAUUUGUUGUUGUGCGCUUUCAGUUACAAUUGUAAAUCGUCCGGGUUUUUGUUCUACUGUUGUUUUGGAACUGUUUGUUUAUUAUAAUGACUCCAAAUUUCGAAAAAAUAAACAUAUAUUAUUAUAUUAUUCGAUAGGAAAAAGGUCAUAACACGAAAUACUCUAAAAUAUGGUCGAAGAAAUAUGAAAAUCUCAGCAUGAUCCUGUACAAAACUGAAACAAAAGCUUUGUUUUAUUUCUCGUGUAUAUGUAGCCUAAUCUCGUAUCGUGUAGUUCGAUUUCUAACUCUGUUUUACACUAUGUAGCUAUCUAAGUUGCGUUUCUCUUUUCAACUGACUAUUAUAGAUUUUGAUAAAAUCGGAAAAAUCUUAAUCGUCACUUGAAACUUUCUGGUGAAGGUUUAUGUUCGGAUUCGUGGUGCGCAAAGUGCGCGAUUGAUUUGAACCAAUGUUCGAAUGCCUUGUAAAAAAACCUCCCGCUGUCUUCUUAUGUUUCGGAUUUCCGUUUCUGCGUCGUUCAUCUAUUUGUUUUUGAAUGCCACGGGUCGGGUGAUGUGAUCGGUACAAACGGGAACGGAGUGGAACGCCCCACCGGGUCCCGAUCAUGGGUAACCCAAGUUGUACAGUGUCAUGUUCUGUUCGUUAGUAGCGUAUCUGAAGCGUCCGAACGAGUUAGUCAUCGAGUUCCGAAUUUCUGUUGUCUUCCUCCCAUGACAGAUAAGAGACCCGUAGCCCGUCAUCUUCCCCAGCCUGCAAUCGUGGCUUCCAUCGCGAGCUUCACCAGAGCCACCAAGAUCAAGAGCAGCAUCGACGGCGGUUGCGCGGAGCUAACGACCAGUGCGCGUAUGGAGAAGCAUGGUGGAAGGUGUGCAGACGGGAAUAUUAGCAGGGAAGCCAACGAAUGUAGGGAACCAUUUUUGGUUAUGAUUGUGUUCUAUUGCCGUGAGAUAAAUGAUACAGAAAAUUUGAGUUCGAAGGUAUGAGGAAGAAGCCACGGAAGUUAACAGAUUAAUACAAAAAGCCACAAAUUCCGAGUUGAUGAAGUCAUUUUUAUAAAUAGGGACUUGUUCGUAAGAAAUUAAUGUUCUGAAGCAGAAUAGCUCUGAGUGCUGCCAUCUGUUGAUGUAGAACUACGCAUGUUGACAAACAUACAUAUGUAGCACACGUUCAGUAGCGGAUGCAUCGAGUAUCCUGAUCUGCAGUGAAAUGUUGUCGAUGUGAUACUCUACUCACAGAUUUACGGUCCCAGGUAAAACUUCCCCGCGAAAUAUUUAAAUUCCAACUUAUGUGAGCCAAUCAGGUUUGUAAAAGCCAUUUGCAAAAGUGUGAUCAACAUCGAAUUCGAGUUGAUAAUUACUUCCAGUGAUUGAAUCCAUUUAGAGAGGAGCUUAGCGACUCCUUACCGCUUUUUUAUGUGUAAUCGUCUCAACAAAAUACGACACAAUUCAAGUCUAACAGUCUAGAUAAAUUGUCGAAAAUUAUCAUCUACAGAAGUUAUUAAAAAAGUUUUGUGAUAGUUUGAAAAAUCUAAGUUUUCAAGUCCGGACUCCAGAGGGCUUUGAGAAGCAAACCCUCCCCGUUUACAAGUGUAAGAAAAGCAGUAUUUAAGAAUUUCUGUAAAAGCACGCGUAAUUUAUCCGAUGAUAAAACUACUUACAAUCAUAUGACCAAAUAUACAGAUCAAACAACAAAUGAAACAAUCCCUUCUAUCGCUCCCACAAAAUCCAAGAAAAAAUAAUAUAGAAUUUAACAAGGCUUGCUAGAGCUCAUAAAAUGAUUAUCACCCUAAAACAGUAAGUCACGAUUCAGAAAUCGAAGGUGUUUCAAUUAAUUUGUAGCUUGUUUAUUCUAAAGAAGAAAAUCUAAAUCAUUCGAUAGACAUUAUGUGCAUGUCGGAGUAAAAACAAAGCAAAUAACUAAUAUUUGAAUUAAAUGCAUAGUAAUUCGAUCGACAAAUAA